GUCGCCUCCCUCCACCACCCGUUCAGUCCCGGAGCUUGUACACAAGGGACUAUAUAAUCUCGCCAGCCAUCUGCCGUCCGAGAUGUCCAACGAGGAGCUCCCCAGCACCGAUAUCAUCACCCUCACCCGUCAUGUACUGGCCCAGCAAUUCCAGCUUGGAGCUAUAGCAACGGGUGAUUUGACCUUGCUCCUAACUGCUAUCCAGACGACCUCCAAGUUCAUCGCCACGAAUGUACGAAAAGCGCGCCUUAUCAAUCUGGUCGGUCUCGCGGGGAACUCCAAUGUCCAGGGCGAGGAACAGAAGAAGCUGGACGUGCUCUCCAACGACAUCAUGGUCAACUCGUUACGCGCCUCAGGCAAGACUGCUGUACUUGUUUCUGAGGAGCUUGAAGAGGCCGUCAUCAUCGAAGACAAGUUCAAGGGCAAGUACUGCGUGGUCUUUGACCCACUCGACGGCAGUAGCAACAUCGAUGCCGGUGUGAACAUUGGCACCAUCUUUGGUGUCUAUCAAAUAGCCCCAGGUUCGAAAGGCACGAUCUCCGACGUACUCCGGCCGGGCAGCGAGAUGGUCGCAGCAGGCUACACGAUGUAUGGAUCUUCCUGCAACUUAGUACUCUCGACCGGCAACGGAGUAAAUGGCUACACACUGGAUACAGCGCUUGGCGAGUUCAUCCUUACUCACCCAGAUAUCAAGAUUCCCUCGCGGGGCAAGAUCUACUCGUUCAAUGAGGGCAACUCCAUGUACUUCCACAAGCCCGUAGUCAACUACUUGAACAGCAUCAAGUACCCUACGACCGGCAAGUUGCCGUACAGCGCCCGGUACAUCGGCUCCAUGGUAGCCGACGUACACCGAACGCUGCUGUACGGCGGUAUCUUCGGGUAUCCGGACGAUAAGAAGAGCAAGAGCGGGAAGUUGCGGUUACUCUACGAGGCGUUCCCGAUGGCAUAUCUGACAGAGCAGGCAGGAGGUGUCGCCUCCACCGGACACGGCCGCAUCCUUGACGUGGUGCCGACCAACAUCCACCAGCGGUGCCCAGUCUUCUUGGGUUCCCGCGAUGAUGUCAACGAUCUCAUCAGGUUCUACGAAGAGUAUGAGAAGGAGGUCGGCGGCAAGGAGAACGGUCGUGCUUGAAGUUCUUGCUUUAAGCCUACGACCGCAAGGAACAGACGGCGCAUGCAAUAUCGUUGUACCACAUACUAACUUUCAGUAUCAUGCACACUGAAGGAAUCAAUGCACUUAAUAUCGCUCUUCGUCAAUAUUGAAUGAUCAUUUGCAG